AUGCCGCUAUCACAAGUUCAAGAUACCUACCUUCGCAAUACCCUGUCGAUGACCCCGUCCGCAAACUACGUGCUGUACCUCUUCCGUGGUGUAUGGGUUCCUUCAUGCAAACUUGAAGGGCAGGAGAAGAAGAAGAAGUUACAAGGCCAGCGAUUGGUUGACAUGCUGAACUGGGAGGUUCAACCCGUUAGCUGUCAACAUCGGCACACCAUGUAUUACACCUCCCGACACAUGAAUAUCACCUUUGACACAAGCCCCAAACAUCUGCCUUUAGCCGGAGCUGCCAAUGUCGAACAACCCGCGCUUCCAAAAACCUCCGCCACGACCAAGAACCCACAAGAGAAACCCAGUGCUCCGCAACCGCGUACGGAGCGGCCGCCCCCUACCCCGCUCGAAGAUCAUACGGGACUGGGUGAACUAGAUACCAGAACCAUAACCAACGCCAAACCAAAAUACAAACAGUAUCACAAGUUCAGACGAGUAGAAGGAUGGGAAGAUCAUCUCAAAUGGCUCGCCAUGCCACGAGAAGGCGAAGAAGAUGCUGUCAAGGAGGAUAUGUUGCUCACCAAGUUCUUUACUCAGUGGUUGCGUCAUGGACUUGGAACGUUACCCGCUCCUACAGAUGCACAAGAACAGGUCCUCUCGGAAGAUAUGCAUCCCUGUACGAUCGACUUGGCCAUCAGCCGUCUCUCACCCAUCAAACAGGCAUGCAUUUACUCCCCCGGUCACCCACAGCAUGAAGACCAUUCGACUUCCUACAAAGACACGGCCGACGCCCGGUGA